UAUCCUGACUUCCGGUUUACAGCAGCAACAAAACAUCAUCCAUCGUCGUCAAAGUUUUAUGUACCAUUAACGACUUACUAACUACGAAUAAUUUUAUGAAUAAGGUGACAUGGCAGGAACAAGAAGCAUAGAAAGCUAUGUGGAGGACGUCUGUAAAUACAUUGAUAAGUGGGACUACAAGAACAUGAACAAAGUCUAUGAGACAUUGCAGAAAAUGAAAUCCAGCUUCAAAACUAAACACUUCCUAAACUAUUGGAAGGUCCUACAGUGUAUUGGAGAGGUGGCUGCAGAUAAACUUAUCUAUAUGGUAGUUAAGAGUCCAAAAGCAUCCUGUCAGAAACACACUAUCUGCCAUCUUCUUCAUGUCAUGGAAUUAUUCAGCGAGUGUUUAACAACAGUGGCUCUCAUCAAGAGGGUUAACUCUUACAAAGACGAAAUUCUGCCUGUUGUUUUUCUAGCCCUGGAGCAGAGGGAAUUUCCAGAACUUGUGAGGAAGGGCUUCAUUGUGUUGUACAGAAUGAUUAUUGUAGGGAAAUCAUCACUGGUUGUGCCAUACAUGAAGCAUGGGAUAGUCAGACACAUGUAUCAGCAGAUUAAAUGUCGUCAAGGAGCAUUUGGAAUUUAUUGUCUCGAAGCUGUUUCAUAUUGUGCCAAAAUCUUAGCAGCCUUACUGCAGCUGGGUGAUAAAGAUACUCGAAGAACCAUCUCAAAAUCUAAUGUUAUUAAUGAGCUGGAUGUGUAUGCGGUUAAACUUCAGAAGUCCAAGGUGGAUUGGGAUGGAGUAGAGGAUGUAUUUGAAUACCACGACCGUGUCCGCAUGUUGUGCAUUGAUGACAGUCUGACAAGUUCCUUAAAGCCAGAAGACUGGAACCCAAAAGAGAAGCUUUUGGAGGAGUUGGAACAGUUCUAUGAAGUGUACAUUUUCUGUUCAUCACCAGCCUGCCGGAAGCUUGAGACGGAGAAGGAGAAGUUUCUGUACUGCGGGAAAUGCCGAUUAUCCAGAUAUUGUUCACCUGAGUGUCAGAAGGAACAUUGGAAACAGGGGCAUAAGGAGAUGUGUCUGCACGAUUAUGGACCAGAUUUGUAGAGAAACUGUGGUAUUGAAAAAGUGAAUUUAGUUUUUGGCAUGGUAUGAGAUAAGAAAGCAUGAAGGGACAUGGGAAAAUUGAUGUAAUAAAUGGGUUUUGACUACAUGAUUAUGGACCAGACGAAGAGAAACUGUGGUAUUUACAUGUAUGGAGGUUGUAUUUUUAUUCAGCGUAGUGGUAAAGGAUUGAAAGGCAUAAAGAGAUGAGGGAAAAUUGAAGUAGAUAUCAGAUUGGUGUAAUAAAUGUAAUCACCUUGUGACGAAGCAUCCCGAAAAUAUUACAAGAUGUAAAUGUCGUUUAUUUACCAUGUGAAAUUCACAGAAAACAAUUGAAGUUAGAUUUCAACCGAAAGCAGAGUUUGGUGAAAUUCAAGACUUUGAAUCUUUUCUUUUAUGCAUUUUACAACUUGCAUGAUCAUGAUAAAACAGAUGCUUGACAUUAUUUUUUCAAAAUCAACAUCAAAAUGUCAAAUUUGUCAUCUUCCUGCUUUAAAAAUCACUUUUUUGAGAGGGGGCAUGGGGGACAGUGGAGGAUAUUUUUGUGAUGAGAAAAUAAUGUUAAGUGUCUGGAUGUGCCCUUAAACAAGUACUGGUAGUGCUAGUUCAGUAGUUUUUUUUAUUGUUAGUCCAUUUCAUUUUAUUUUACCAUGCUUUGUUGAUUUUUCAUCUAUUUGUUUCAUCUACUUAUUCACCGCAGGAAAAUUAACACCUUAAAGUCAAAAGUAUAUAAAUGUUACUUGAAUGAAAUAAGAUAAUUUACAAGUAUGAACAUUUUAAUAUCGUCCCUUAUAAAGCUGUGCUGUUCUAACUUUUAUCUUUUGUUUAUUGAAAAUUCGUACAUGAUGCAUUAAACAGGGUUUCAUUUAUAUUCUGUAAGUACCAUUCACUUGUAUUCUUUAACUACCGCAAACAAAUUCUUUCAAGAAUUUUUAUUUUUGUGUUCAAUAAAGCAUUCUGUUGAUUUAA